AUGAAUAAUUAUAAUAAUAUCAAUAAUAACAACAACAACAAUAUCAACAGCAGCAACAAUUUUCAUAGCAGUAAGAAUGGUGUACUCAACAAUGAAACAUUCCUAUAUAGAAUCAAUGAAUUAGAGGUAAUCUUCAAACAUGAAGAGAAUUCAAGACUUCAAUAUAGGGUAAUGGAGUUGGAAGCAGUGAAUGGACAUUUAAAGGAGCAGUUGGAAUACUUUCAGACUAAAUUGUUGGAGAGAAGUUUCAAUGAGGAUCGUGAUCUCUCCAAUUGUCUAUCGGAUAUCUAUGAGAGUAUGAGCAAAGACAGUCAGCUGUCAUCGUCGCCACCCACCUACCCAGCACAGACAGUACCCAACAGCAGUAUGAAAACAGUUCGUCCAACACCAAAUGUCAAUAGUCACAACGUUCAAGCACCGAUGGUAUCACCAAGAACCAGCAAUAAUGUCACCCCUCUGGGCGUGCCAAACAGUGCACUGCGAAAGCCAAUCUUGAUCAGAAGCACAUCUGAGACCUACUUACAGCAAUCACCCGACAUUGCCGAUGGCGAUGUCGCUGGAAAUAAUUCUCCUCCAAAUGAGGAGCGUGUUCAACAUAGUCAUUCGUCAUCGGUAUCGUCUUUGACCGGCAGCAGCAGCAACGGCAACAACGCCAACAAGAACUGGUCCGCUGCCAAAGUACGUUCCGACUCGAUCGCCUCAACAAAAGAUUCUUUCUUAAGAUUCCCUGCAACUCCAUUGAGCGGCAGCAACAAUAUUCCACAAUCACCACCUCCACUCUCCAUCUCUGCCAACCCAGCAGCUUCAUUGCCAAACGGCCGCAUCAUCAACUCCAACUCCACCUCGUCGAACCAACUCUCGUCAUCUACCCCUGUAUUUACCAACCCAACAUCAUCGCCAGUCUACCACCCAUCGUCACCAAUCUCCUUGGUAUCGUCGGGUUCAUCGAUAAACUCAUUUUCAUACUCUAGCUCGCCACCUCUUGCUUCACCCGACUCACUUGGCUCGUCUGCUUCGUCGGCCGACGGCUUCAAAGAGCGUCGUAAAAUUCCACCACAACCACUUCCACCCAUUCCCAACGAUCGUCGUAGUAAAACAUCACCAUUCCCCUCAAACACACCGGCACCAAUGAGCAAUCCAUCGCUCGUCAGAACAUCGUCGGUCGCGCCAAAGCCAGUCGGACUGUCGACCAGUGCCGGACGUCCUUCGACCCCGACACUGCUGGCGGCCGCCGAGGACGAUGCCUUUGAAGAACCAGAGAAUCUCGAUGAUCCAAACUUGGUAUUGAUCAAGAGUGAGACUGGUGCCUAUCUGGUCAAGGGUGGAACACUGGAGCGUCUUGUACAGCGUCUGUCAUAUGACAAGUCACAUGACACCGAUUUUGCUUCUGCAUUCCUCUUGACCUAUCGUUCUUUCACCACACCCAUCGAGCUGAUGGACAUGUUAAUUAAAUCAUACAAUAUAACCGAUGACAGUUCAAUGCCGUCGGCACAGCUCGAUAAGAAGCGUCGUAUCGUUCGUCUUCGUGUCGCCAACGUCAUCAAGAUGUGGUUGGACAAGCAUUUCCACGAUUUCAGCGACGAUGCUGCACUGGUUGCCAAAGUCGAUCAUUUCAUUAACAAUCAUAUCAAUAUCGAUCUCGAGGGUAUCGGUCGAAAUCUAAAAAAGCUGCUCAACAAUGAACGUAUGGCACCGAUCCCGGUGUUCAACGAAGAUCCACCCGCCGUCAUCGCACCCAAAGUGCGUGAUCCAAACUUUAUUGAUUUGGAUACCACUGAGAUUGCUCGUCAACUCACUCUGAUCGAGUCGGAGCUCUAUCGUAAGAUCGAAUCGAAAGAGUGUUUGGGACAGAGCUGGAACAAGCAAAACAAAGACGAGUUGGCACCCAACAUCGUUGCAUUCAUCAGAAGAUUCAACGCCGUUUCCAACUGGGUCGCAACCGAAAUCGUCAGAACCGAGAAACUAAAGGAGCGUGUCUCAGUCGUCAAGAGAUUCAUCAUUAUCGCACAAAAGUGUCGUGACAUUGGUAAUUUCAAUGGUUGUAUGGAGAUUCUCUCUGGUUUGCAAAAUGCCUCCGUCUACCGUCUUUCCAAGACCUGGGAGAAGAUCGAAUCUAAACCAUUGCUCAAGAACAUCUACGAUGAGCUACUCGUUCUAAUGGCACAAAAGAAUAACUUUAAAGACUAUAGAGCUGCACUUCACUCUGUACAUCCUCCUUGUAUUCCAUACCUUGGUGUAUAUUUAACAGAUUUAACUUUUAUUGAAGAUGGUACAAAGAAUACAUUGAACAACUGUGAUGACAUAAUUAACUUUGAGAAGCGUAGAAGAAUUUCGGUUGUCAUUCGUGAAAUCAAGCAGUAUCAACAGACACCUUAUCACUUCAGAGUGGAGGAUGCAACCUCGCGUUAUGUAAAAAAUAUUCCAGGUCUUACAGAAAAGGCACUUUACAAAUACAAAAUAUUAGAAGCUUAUUUAGAAGACUUUGAUAAUGAAGUUAUUAAUAUACAAUAUGUUGUAGUCGAUAUUAGAUGUCAUAGAAUGAGAGAGGAAGCAGAGUUAAUUUGUACAACCAUUAGAAAUCAAUUUGCUAUAGAUUUAAUAAAGAUUCCACAAUCGAUUCGAUCAAUGACAAUGAAAGAGUUUAUAGAGAAAUACAACGAUAGUUUAACAAACAAAACAACAGAGAUCAACAAUAGCAACAACAACAGUCAACCUAUAAAUACAUCACCAUCAACAUCAAUGGUAGUGGAAGAGAUGGAGGAUAUUAAAAAGAAAAUGAUUGAGCUAUUAAAUGCUCCAAUCAUAGCGAAUACAAAAUAA